AUGAAGUGUUUGGAAGAGCACCGGGAGUUCUUGCCAAAGACCCUGAUGCCCCUUCUUGGCCCCUAUGGAUGUCAAGCCCUUGAAGGAGAAGGUUUGAGUCUCGCCAUGGAAUCCGGGAAAGCUGCUGCGCGGGCUUCAUUGACCAGACUAUCCACCAAAAUGCUUGAAGAUGUUCAGUCCAAACAGCCGGCGGAUUCUGAACGGCUUCUGCAGCUGUGCAAGUCAACCGAGCUCAAUGCGAUGCUGGGCACAGACCUUGAGGAAGAGUACAUCUUGAAGCCAAUGGCGGCAAAGUUGGCACCGAGUCAAGGUAACAUUGACAAUCUGGCUGCGACCAUGGAAUCAUUACACACCGAUGACUGGCAUGCUCAGCUGCUGAGCAUCAGCGAGCGUAUCACAUCUGCAGGGGAGCAUGGGUCCCGCGUGCUGAGCUCCGUCGAUUUGAGUUUCGAGAAGUUCAGUGCCAUGGUUAGCAGGCAGAUUUCCACCUGCAAAGAGAAAGUAACCACCGCCGUGAAGAAGUUGUUGGCCCCAAAGUGCGUCCCUGAAGUUUACGAGAGAUCUUGGGCAGCGCUUUCUUGGAGUGAGAUUCCGGACGAUGCACAAGAUACAGAUUCUGACAGGGACGCAGUGGAAGAGGCUGAAGCAGCCAUCAGUCAUCUUGAACAGUUGCUCCCUGCGGACACGCUGCUCAAAGUGAUGUGGCAGCGGGAUGUGGUGGAGACGGUGACUGUGGCCUUGCAGUGCGUAGGAUGGACUUUGCACAAGAACUUGUCUGACGCGCUGAAAAGAGCGAAAAGAAGGGCUCAUGACAAAGCCUUCAUCCCAACCCAUUCGUUGGGCACGGAGAUCAUCCGUGCCAUGCAGCAGGUGAAGGCCUUGGCUUCUCUUUCAGACACGCUUGCCACAGCUGCGCAAAGCUUGCAGGACCAUGCUUGUAUCAAUUUGAACAAGAAAUUGUCAUUUGCAGCAAAGGAUGCAGCCGGUUUCAUUGAUGACCUGGUGAAGAAGGAGUUGGGUGAAUGGGAGCAGGCCGACGUUAACAUCAAAGGCUGGCCUGAGUUGUUCAACCGCCACCUUAGCAUGGCCAACCAACUCCGAUGCCUCGACAAUGACGAGGGCCACGUCAGGGAUGCCUGCGCCAAGUUGUUUACGAAGGUGAAGGAAUGGCGUGAGCAGUGCUUCAAGGAAGCCACACAAGUUUUGGAGGCAGGAGGCUUCUUGGAAAACCCAUCUGCCUGGUGCCGCUUCGUGCAGAGUUGUAUCAAAGAAGGACUGGCUUUUGAACAGAGUGCGCUCUGUGGGCAGCUUGGAUUCCAGACACAGUUCCGCCCCAUGGUGGAAGCACAAUGCGAGAUUUGUCAUCAAGAAGCUGCCUCCGCACAGCAGAACUUGAAACUCGCGACGUGGCAGAAGCUCACAACAUUGAUUUCGGCCCUCCAGCAGCUACAGACUGAGGAUGCAAGGGUCGGAAGGUGGGUGAAGAGCUUGAUGGAUAGUCGCGAGCCUCUCAAUGUCGCUCUUGAAGAUGAUGAGUCUCGCUUCGAGAAGGCCCUGGCAGAAGGUCGUUUCUCUCAAGCUGCCCAACUUCUCCACAAGGUACCUUCCAGGCAGCGGCAUGGAGAUCGGCUGAUAGAGCACUUGCUGGAUGCCAUGAGCUCUGCUUCAAAGUGCAUGGACGAUGACACAGAGGUGGAGACCAUCGUCUCCGCAGUGAAAGAGGCCCGGAGGCUUAUUCAGGAAGUAGAUUGCAUGGAAGAUUCUGCGAUGCGCGCACAUGCCAGGAAGCUCCGCGAUGCGCUUGACGAGAAAUUGGCCAGGAAGUCUGAGGAAGCAAAGUUGCAGCUGCAGCUUGCCUUGGAUGGGCGGCAUGCUGCCAGUUGUGCUUUGCAGUUACGCGCGAAGAUGAUCAACAAAUCCCAGCAGAACACCGCCAGGGAGGCUGUCAUUGAGUUUGCCCAGAAGAAGAAGCAAGCCUUUGCUACAAUGAGCGUUUCCGAAUUGGUCACCUGGAUCAUUGCUCACGACAGAACCUGGAGGCAUUUGCCGCAGGAGUUCAAGAUAUCAAGCGAAGAGUACGAAGAGCUGCUGCAGGUCUUCCAAUCGCGAUUCGUUGCUGAAUUCACCAAGGAGUUCGAAAGUCUUUUCGAAGCGCUGGACGAAAAGAGGUGGGGCGGGGCGCGAGAGCACCAUCAGGACUUGAAAAAUGCUGUCGACGUCAUAGUGGAUCUGGAGUUGCUGAAGUCUUUCCGAGCCUUCAAAAAGCUCCAGACCAAGUUGCAGGGCUCGGCGGGUCGUUCCCGGUGUAUGCUGGCCAAGGACAAUGUCAAAAAGGGCGAAUUUGACGAAGCCAUUUGUGUAGUGGUGACAAGCAAUGGCGAGAAGGAAGAGGUGGAGCUGCUGGACUUGAUCAACGAACAGGUGGUGAAGAAUUUGAGGCCCUCCACAGACCCUGCCGCCCUAUAUGAACGCAUGACCUGUCUCGGCCGCUUCUUGGAGGCCGUAGGCGAAAAUCCUCCAGACGAGUUGGCGGGCCUUGCCCGAGAGGCGAGUCAAGCGUACCACAAGGCUAGGCCGGAGGUGGAGCAGAAAGCCUUGGCUGCUGUGACUGAAGUGCUUGAGGCAGCCACAGCCAUGGAUCUCGGCGGUUUGGCUGCAGCAUUGGCGAACUUCCAGCUGUUUGAAGGAGGUGUUGGCGUCACCGAAUCACGGCACAUCGAUGUCGCGCAGGCCCAGCAAAAGUUUUGGCGGCAGAUCAGAGGCAGUUGCGACAAAGUUGCUAGCAGCAUCGAUGUUGCCAACCUGGACGUGCACUCGUUGAGCCUGAGCCUGGAGCCCUUGAAAGGUUGGCUGGGCACUUUCGAAAAGCUGAGCCUUCGGAAGAAACAAGCUUUGCUGCAGCAAGACCCGCCAGAUCUCCAGGCGUGGAUGCGUGAUGUUCUUGCAGAGCCUGUGCGGCGCGUGCUUGAGCCCACCACCGUGAUGUCCUGUGUGGAGUCAAGACGGUUCACGGACAUUAGUCGUCGCUGCAGCGCCGCCAAGAGGCUGCGAGAAGUCUUGCAGACUGAGCCUUUGGAUCUGGCAGUUGUCGAGCAGCACUUCUUGCAGCGGAAGGCUUUUGCACGCCAAGCACUGGACGCCGCGAACUUUCAGCAGUUCAACUCUGAGGUGAAGGUCUGCAAGCUGGUUUCUGAGGAGUUGGCGGAAGUUCCAGUCGUGACAAAGAUUCUGGCUGAUUUGGAGAACGAUUUGAGGGAACGAUUCUUGAAUCUGCAUAUGAACAAGCUUCGUUCGGCGCAGAACAUUCCAGAUGCAGCCACUGCCAGCCAAGAAGUGAGACAGGUCGCAAACUCGGCCCCAGACACUCACGCAUGGGUGACGUCUUCCCUUGAGGAAGCCUUCGAGUCCCUGCAGAACAGUGCGACCUUCAAUGUCAAAGGCCUCGCAGCCUUAGGCUUGAAACUGCUGCAAACCCCACUGGGGCGGAUCAUUGUGGCCGAACACCCGGCAUUCUUCAAUUCCGUAAAGGACAUGCAGAGCAACGAGCUCUUCAGACGCGCUGGCGAGAGCCAGAAUCUGGAAAGCGUGGUGGGCUGCUUGACCAGGGACUCAGGCCUCGAUGGUGCCGAGUAUCAUGAGUUGGUCGCUGCUUUGCACAAUCAUGAAGUCCAGUUUGACGACUUGAAGAACAAGUACUUGUGCACAAAUGGCGGUAGACCCAUGGAGGAUAUCUUGAAAGAGGCGAAACAUGACUUAGACUGGGCAGUGCAGUCUGUCAGUUCUCCUGAUAGGAGGGAUGAAUGUGCCUUGAAGCUGGUUGCGCACAUUUCAAUUUGUUUCACUCUGGUCAAAUCUGGCAGAAAGUACUUGGACGCCCCAGUAUCUGAGCAGGAGCAGAAGUUGGUCAUUCCCCACAUGGCUCAAAUUUUGACCCUCUUUCGUUUCUUGCAGUGCCACAGGACCUCCAACACCGAUCAGUUGUGGAAGCGGGCUUUGCGCUGGGUUUGCAACAAGGUGUGCGGACCGCUUGAGGCUUCUCAGCAGCCGGAGAACCACCUGUCGCAGGUUCUGACAGGCGAAGGAAAGUGUCUGACUUUAGGUCUCUUGGCGUCGUUCUUGGCUCUGAAUGGCUUGGAGUGUGACAUUGUUUGCUACCGGAAGUUCCUCACCGAGCAAGACAGCCAGUUUAUGGAGCCCUUCUACAAAUUUCUGGGCGUGGAACGGAAGAUCCGCUACCUGACUUUCGAUGAGCUUUGCGAAGAGCGCUUGGCGCAUAUUCGAGAAGGCUCAAAGGAGUUGAUAUUUGCACCCAAAGGAAUGACCGGCAAUCGCAGGCGGAAACUAGGAGAAGCUGAGACUUGCAACUUUGCCUUUCCUUGCGCGACCCGGCACCCCUCUGCGUCGCAGGCAAGAUCGCAAGCUUGCCAAUCGGGUGUGCCUCAUUGA